CUUUUUUUUUAUUUCGAACGAACGAUUUGACUGCGGCGACGACCACAAAAUUUUCUGCUCCCGUCGGAGAAGUAGGAUUACAGUAAAAAAAGAUUAGCUGCUGCCAGACUAAGUUCCCUGGUAUCGAGUUUCUGUGCCGCGGAGCAACGAUGGCAUCGUUAAUCUUGGUAAACAGUUUCCAGUUGGCCAAACAACAAUCGGGAGCGCUUGGCGUUGUUUGCUUGAGGGCCAACUACAGCACCGAGGAACCCCGGAAGCUGAAGACGACUAACUUGGCUAGUCUGAAACGCGGUACCGGUGGACGUUCGAGUUUCAAUGGCGUUGUGGCUACCGUUUUUGGCAGCACCGGCUUCCUGGGACGCUACGUCUGUAACAAACUGGGCAAAACUGGUUCCCAGCUGAUCAUUCCCUAUCGGGCGGACCACUACGAAGCGAUCCGGCUGAAACUGGUCGGCGAUUUGGGACAGGUAUUGUUCCACCCGUACCACCUGAUGGACGAAGAUUCGAUUCGAAAGGCCGUCAAGUACUCGAACGUCGUCAUCAACCUGGUCGGGCGAGAUUGGGAGACCAAGAACUUUACCUUCCAGGAUGUGCAUGUGGAUGGUGCCCGCCGAUUGGCCCGUAUUGCCCGGGAAGCCGGAGUGGAAAAGUUCAUCCACGUUUCGAGCUUGAACGCAUCGGCCAACCCGGAACCGAUUCUGACCAAGGAGGGCAGUAAAUUUCUGAAGAGCAAAUUCUACGGAGAAUGUGCCGUCCGGGAGGAAUUCCCGGAUGCCAUCAUUUUCCGUCCGUCGGACGUUUACGGCCAGGAAGAUCGGUUCUUGCGCUACUAUGCCCACGUCUGGCGUAGAUCUUUCCGAGGAAUGCCGCUGUGGUACAAAGGAGAGCGCACAUACAAGCAGCCGGUUUACUGCUCGGAUCUGGCCCAAGGUAUUGUGAAUGCCAUCAAGGAUUCCGAUGCUCAGGGACAAAUCUAUCAAGCAGUGGGUCCCCGUCGUUACCAGCUUGCUGAGCUGGUCGAUUGGUUCCACCGGGUGAUGCGCAAGGACGAGAAGUGGUGGGGAUAUUUACGGUACGAUCUGCGUUAUGACCCGACAUUUAUGAUGAAGGUAUAUUUGACUGAAUUCCUGUGCCCGUCUUUCCCGGUCGGAGACUUGCAUUCAGAACGAGUUGAACGCGAGUACGUGACCGAUGAUGUUAAGAAAGGUGUCAAGACGCUUGAAGAUUUGGGCGUCCAGCUGACCAUGAUGGAAGAUCAGGUUCCAUGGGAGCUGAAACCAUACCGUGCUGCGUUGUACUACGAUGCUGAGUUGGGUGAGUUCGAGAAGCCGGCACCACCACAGUUUGUGCACUAAAAUCCGGGAUACCUUAGGAGAAUUGUAAGUCAAAGACGAUUGUUCUAUGUAUCCGUUGUAUAAUUAAAAUCAUUCAAAAAAAAUAGCUCAAA